GCCUGGGGGCAGCUGGCUGGCGCGAGGCCCCCGCGUGAUCCAGCCAGAGGCGGUCCCCUGGCUGAGAGGCUCUGGGGCCCGGAGCGGCGCCUAUGAGCAGUGCGGCGGCUGGGCCCGACUGCUGCGGAGGCCUCGGCAGCAUCGACUGGAGGCAGGCAGACUUCUGCAUUAUGACCCGGCUGCUGGGCUCUGUGGACCCCGCCGAACCCUGCUUUGUGGCCGCCGUCCUCACCAUCAUCUUCAAUCCGCUCUUCUGGAACGUGGUUGCAAGAUGGGAACACAAAACCCGGAAGCUGAGCCGAGCCUUGGGCUCCCCCUACCUGGGCUGCUAUGCGCUGGGUGGGGUCAUCCUGCUGCUGAAUGUCUUGCGCUCCCACUGCUUCACACAGGCCAUGCUGAACCAGCCCACGACGGACAGCCUCCAGGACCCCUCGGCCCGCUGGCUGGGCCUCGCGCUCCUGGGCGUCGGCUGCCUGCUGGUUCUCUCCAGCUUCUUUGCGCUGGGCUUCACCGGGACCUUCCUAGGCGACUACUUCGGGAUCCUCAAGGAGGCCAGAGUGACCAGCUUCCCGUUUAACAUCCUGGACAACCCCAUGUACUGGGGCAGCACCGCCAACUACCUGGGCUGGGCCAUCAUGCACGCCAGCCCCGCCGGCCUGCUGCUGACUGCGGUCGUGGCCUUUACCUACGUGCUUGCCACCCUGUAUGAGGAGCCCUUCACCACUGAGAUUUACCGGCAGAAAGCCUGCCGGUCCCGCAAGGGCAGCUGACCGGCUCACUGACAUCUGCACCUCCCGGCCUGCCCCCCGAGUGCCAAAUGAAGGGGUGAAUGGUGCCCGGCUGCUGCUCGGCGCCUGCUGGCGUGGCCGCUCCAGUGCCUUGGAAACUGUUGCCGUGGGGCCUUGCACGUGCUACCGCGUGACCCGAGCCCCAGCCAACCUCGUCACAUUUCGUCACCAAUAAAGGCCCCUGAGCCUCUGGGUGUCUGUCUGUCCAGG